AUGUCUGGCGCUUUCACGAGUCCCUUCGGCGCCAACGCCAAUCCUUUCGGUGGCGAUCGAUCCCAACCCGAUACGAUGAACCGAGUCAUCGAAGAGGAAGAGCAAGACACUGUCGCUUCCCCCACAACAGGCAGCUUUGUCCCCGGAGCUUCUGCUGGCUUCUCCAAUGUAUUUGGCGGCGAUGCUUCUGGAGAUACGCCCCCCACUAUCCGAUCGCCGCCUAACCCUGACAGCUACCCGGCUCAAUACAACUUUAACAGAAGAACCUCCGUGUCAGCUGAAUCGCUCAAGCCCAGCGCCGACACAUACGAUAACUGGUCCCCACCAUUUCACGAAAAGACCCCCGAUCAGAUCAGCCGUCUGAAGCAUGCCAUUGAGGGAAACUUCCUCUUUAGCCAUCUUGAUGACGAGCAGAGCAACCAGAUUCUUGGAGCUCUCGUCGAAAAACCGAUUCCUGCCAAGGACAUCAAGGUGAUUAGCCAAGGUGAUGCCGGUGACUAUUUUUACGUGGUCGAAAAGGGUUCCUUCGACGUCCAUGUCAACUCGACAGGCACCAUCGGACCUGGUCCUGAGGGUAUGGGCAGCAAGGUUGGCACUAUUGAAGCUGGCGGCUCCUUUGGUGAGCUUGCUCUCAUGUAUAAUGCCCCUCGUGCCGCGACUAUUGUUUCUGCCGAAGGUAACUGCACCCUCUGGGCUCUCGACCGUGUCACCUUUCGCAGAAUCCUGAUGGAAUCCACUUUUGCCCGCCGACGUAUGUACGAGAGCUUCCUCGAGGAGGUUCCCCUCCUCUCCUCGCUCACCCCAUACGAGCGAUCCAAAAUCGCCGACGCUCUCGAGACUCAAAAGUUUGCCCCGGGUGCUGUCAUUAUUAAGGAAGGCGACCCUGGCUACUCUUUCUAUCUGCUGGAAGACGGCACCGCCGAUGCGUACAAGGGUGAUACCAGCAACAAGGUGCUGCAAUAUAAAAAGGGCGAUUUCUUUGGCGAGCUGGCUCUGCUGAAUGAUGCUCCACGAGCUGCUAGUGUUGUUGCCACCACGGACGUCAAAGUUGCCACUCUUGGCAAGAAUGCUUUCCAGCGACUACUUGGUCCCGUGGAAGGUAUUCUGCGCCGUACAAAGUACCAGGGAGUCAAGGCUGGCGUGGAGGAGAUGGACCCCUUGUCCCGCGAUUAA